GACUCAUCAGUUUUGAUUUGAUGAAGGAUAAAAUAUUCUCACAAUAACACCGUCUCCUAACAACACGCAAGCGUUAGAUAUCAUGUUGCAUUGUGCACGAUCGCUGUCCGCUCUGCAUCCCAUAAAUAUUUACUUCUCUGCUAGGAUAAUUUCAGCUCCCCUUUGCAAACAGUAUGACAUGUGGUGCUUUUAUUUUGAAGGUGGACAAACUGAAGUGUGGUGAGCUCUUCUCAGAGGCUUGUCAAUAAUCAAGUUUUUUCUCCGGUGUUAAAACAAGUCACAGCUCAACAUUUCUAUCACGUAUGUGUAUAUUGUUAAUGCACGACUUUCCCCACUUUGUGAAACAAGCUAACGAGUAUCAGCGCCUCGUAGAGCCUCCUCCUUCCUCGACCCUGCUAGAGAGCGACAGAGGAAAAUAGAAACGGGACGUCAGGGUUAAAACGGCGUUCUGCGUCGCUGUAGGCAGUUAGGACACUCCAAUACAAUGAAAAAUAGAAUCAAGCUGAUUUAGUCGCUGUCACUCGCUCGCUAUCGGCCGAUACAGAUGUUGAACCGAUGUAUCCCUCGUAUCUGGUUAAAGCUUCUUAAAUAGGAGGACUUGCAGCAUUUUGUGUUGUGUUAAAGUAUAAACGAAUCCGUUGUUCAUGAAAUAGUGACCUCAGUGCGUCUGAAGGUGCGUGAUCUUUAAAGGUGUUAUCACGUCCUCCAGGUGAGCUGGUGCUGUGCAGAGCACCUGCUCAGACACUGCGGUGUGAAGACAUCGAUCCAUCCUCCGGACGGGGCGCCACACAGGGGACGCCGGCUGCAGGUGAGACGGCCAAACCGACGACCGCGGUCAUCAAAGUGGAGGACGACGAUGAGACCUGGGGCUGCUCUGCUCAGGACACAGAUCUUAUUCCUGUUGUUGACGAACAGACGACAGACGCAGAAGCUCCGCCCCUGCUGACUAAACAGGAAGUAACGGAGGAAGGUGGCGGUUCUACUCGAGCUUGGGCGAGCGAGGAAGUCAGCUCCACUUCAGUGUGCGUCCAGAAUACGACAAACACCAGCCAGAGUUUAGAAACCGGCAGCUUCGACUGUCUGAUGUUCGAGCCACAGCUUCAGCACGGCUCAAUGAGUACCCAGAAUCCUUUGCCAGAGGAUCCCAGCUGCUCGUACGCGUCGAACACCAGAGGGAGAGUUUCAGCUGCGUCCGAUUCGGGCAGCGUUUCUUUCACCGUCGGGGAGCUGAGCCCGCCGGUGGCAGAGUGCAGACAGCCUGCAGGCUUACAGAACAACCAGCAGAUGGCGCUGCAGCUUCCUGCGAGAAAAGAGACGAGAGAGAGGCAAAGUGCUUUCCUCAGACGGGACCGGUGGAGACAUCUGGACGCCGCGAGCAGGGUGUCCAGUAACAGCGGGGAGGACAGCGCGGGGAAAACGUUUGUGUGCAACUACUGCGGGAAAACUCUGGCCUGCCUGAAGAACCUGAAGACCCACAUGAGGGUCCACACGGGCGAGAAGCCGUACGUCUGCAUGCUCUGCGGAAAACGCUUCUCCGACCCCAGCAACCUGAAACGCCACCAGAGGGUGCACACGGGAGAGAAACGCUACAACUGCGUCCACUGCGGCAAACGCUUCGCCCAGUCGGGAUCCCUGAAGGUCCACAUGAGCGUGCACACGGACUGCAAGCAGUUCAGGUGCUCGCACUGCGGCAAGACUUCAUCUCCAGCAGCCACCUGCGCCGCCACGUCACCACGCACGCUGAAGAGAAUAGAUUAA